CCCUCGCCAUCAUGUCGCUGGCGCAGCUGACGCUCAGUGUCGCCACGAUCUACACCUUCUUCCUACUGUGGGGCCUGCUGCAGGAGCGCCUCACCACCACGGCCUACACGCUUCCGCCGCACGCUUCCCUCGCACACUCGGCCUCGGCGCAUCUGCGCGGCCAGGCCAGCGAGACGUUCCGGCAUCCGCUGCUGCUCAAUGCCCUGCAGGCCAUCGCCUGCACAGCGCUCGCUGCCUCCUAUCUCCUCCUCCGUCGUGCGCCCGGCGUCAAGCCACUCGCAGCGCUCGGCCUCGAUGCUCUUUCGCCGCGCGGCGCCGUCGCUGCUCGGCGCGAGAAGGACGCCUCGGCGGUGCCAGGGCGCAUCUCGCCGCUGCUGCUGCGCUACCUCGCCGUCGCAGCCUUCCAAUCGACGGCCUCGCAGCUCGGGCUCCUCUCUCUCUCGCACGGCAUCAGCUACCCUACCCUGACGCUUGCAAAGUCCUGCAAGCUCCUGCCCGUGCUCUUCGCCCAGGUGCUCCUCUAUCGGCGUCGCAUUGCGCCGCACAAGUACCUCGUCGUCGCCCUCGUCACCGCCGGCAUCUCACUCUUCAUGCUCUGCGCUCCCGCCAAGCCGGGCAAGGCUGCUCGCGCGGAUUCCUCGCUCGGCCUGGCCCUGCUGCUCGCCAAUCUCUUCCUCGAUGGCCUCACCAACUCGACGCAGGAUGAGAUCUUCGCGCACUACCGCGUCUCAGGCCCACAGAUGAUGUUCCUCAUGAACCUUGCUGCCUCGUUCCUCCUCUCUGCUUCGCUUCUCUUCCCGCGCGGAGGCGCAGGACACGGCAAUGAGCUCACCGCUGCGGCGGCGUUCAUCUCGAGACAUCCCACGAUCAUCAAGGAUCUGGCGGCCUACUCUGCCGCGGGCGCCAUGGGGCAGAUCGCAAUCUUUGAGACAUUGCAGCGCUUCGGAAGUCUCACGCUCGUGUCGAUCACUGUGACGAGAAAACUCUUCACCAUGCUGCUCUCCAUCCUCGUCUACGGACACGCACUGCGACCAGCUCAGUGGCUCGGCGUGCUCGUCGUCUUCGUAGGCCUGGGCGUCGAGGCGGCCGAGAAGCGACGCGCAGGCGCCCGCAAGACUGCAUCUGCGUCGGCUGGUGCAGGAGGGGCCAAGGAGAAGACGAGUUAGAGCCGGAUAGAGGGGACACGACAAUAGACACAUGCAGGGAUGGUCUUGCAUUG